AUGCCUUCAAGCCCGGCUCCGAUAUCCAGGCAGGAGUCGUCACUGGACAAUGUACGCACCCCGCCCGCAGGAUCGUCUUCUCACAAGCGGAAAGGUGAAUCUUGUACCGAUGUUCUCGCGGACACUAAUCAGGACACUGCGACGUCUCCCCGCAAGCGAAGGACACCUUUACCAACGAAGCUCGCUCCCAGUGGUAGAAUCAUUCAGCUACAAGCACGCGACACAGACGAAGUGUUCAAGAUAAACACAGAUACGCUGGUCAGAACGUCCGAACUAUUCAAGCACAAGCUCUUCCGCGAGACUCAACCCUCUCUCGCUCUACUCCACCGAAAUAAGGGUGCAACUCAUAAGAAUGACGCACCCAGCAGACAACCCACCGGCACCCUGUCGCAACCCUUACAGCCAGCUACGACAGUACCAUCCACCCCAGUUGACCCACGCUACCCGGUCGUGCACUUGAACGUCGACCGUAAAGCCCUGUUCCUCUACUGUCUCUGGACCAUAGACCCACCUGACCGCCUCUCCCUCUCCCUCUCCCUCGACUCCACGAUUCCAAGUCCCAGCACGUCUUUCACUAUCUAUCUCUAUGAAGCAUUCCUCCUCGCUCUCGAGCUCAAAGACGCCACCUUCUUUGCCAACAUCGUACCUGUGAUCUUGAAGGACGGUGAUGCGGGGACACCUCAGGAAGAGGCGAUUACUUGGGUGUACGAGAAUACCGGGUCAGUGAGGAGGAGCUUGUUGAAGGAAUUCGUGGUGGAUUUUACGUUGACUUGGGCAGAUGAGGCGGUGGGAGAAUGGAGGAGGGUGGCGAGUGGGGCGCCGGCGGAGUUUGUGGUUGAUGUUAGUUGUAGGUUGCUUGAGUUAUAUACGAGUAAGAGAGCUUGGAUGAAGUCGGAUGUGGCUACCGAGUAUACGUAUGAAAAGGGCUGGCCGGUGGAGGACAUGAAAAGUGCAUUAGCGGUGAGGGAGUAG